AUGUUUCUGAAUAGGUUAAGUGGCUUGAGAACAGGACCUUUGCGCUUUCGAAGCUUGGGUUCCCCAAGACUGAGUUUAUGCCGAGCAAAUCGGUUUGUUUCAAGCGAGAUCCAGGCGAAGGAUGAACAGGUUGGGGAAUCCAACACGGCUACAAAUACAGGUGUCAUCCUGAAGUCUGAGAGGGAAACUUUGGUGUAUUUUGACAAUGUGUACCCACGGGAACUGUCAGUUUGGAAUCCGUUGCUGUGGUACAACUCUUUAUUUGUAGAUCAAUCGCGGGAGGCCAUACGAUCCAGACUGGUCCGUUUGGCAAGUCCUCGAAGUGCACCCAUCCCUGGACUUGAAUUACAAUCUUCCAUUCCCGUCAAAAGAGACGGUGGGGUUUUCGCUACUUUUUUGGUUCCCCGUCAGUACACUUUGGCAGAAGUUAAUUCAAUGAUUUCGCAAAACACGGCAAAUGAAUCGUCAAAGAGUCCUUUUUCCUUCUUCACUACAAUAGCUGCCUUCCCUGUUAAGGGUUCUCCUUGGAUAGAAGAUCUGAGGAGAAUUCCUAACAAGACUAUUAUUGUCAAAUUCCAAGGCCCAUCGUUGACCGAGGAAGAAAUGUACCUACUGUUUAGAAGGUACGGCACUAUAAUCGAUAUAUACCCACCGAAAGACACUGAAAAUUUUGCCAAAGUAAGAUACAGAUCGUACCGGGGUGCAAUCUGUGCCAAAAACUGUGUGUCCGGGAUGGAAAUAAACAACACCGUUGUGCACAUCCAAUACGAAAAAGUAAAAAAGACUCCCUUUGUGACUAGCUUUUUUGUCAACCACACAAGAAUCGCAGUACCUGUAUUUUUUGCUUUGCUCUCCAUCGUCGCUGUUCUUAUUUUUGAUCCGAUUAGAGAGUUUUCCAUUGAACAGAAAAUUACUCACAGGUAUUCCUUUUCCACAGAAAACUACUGGGUGAAGAAAUUGAAGAACUUCACGAACUCUACUGUAACCCAAUUCAAAAGUUACUGGACCGGUCACGGAGCCGAGCACCCAAUGAUUCAUUUGUGGGGCGAACGUGUAGAAAGGGUUGAAGAUUUGAAAAUGUGGUUGGAAGAAAAUUCAAACACUUUUGUGGUGAUUAGAGGGCCAAGAGGCUCUGGAAAACGUGAAUUGGUGAUGGAACAUACCUUGAGAGAACGUGAUAAUGUCUUGUAUUUUGACUGUGAUCGUAUUGUUAAAUCGAGAACAGAUUCAAAAUUUUUGAAAAGCGUUGCCAAUGAAUUGGGCUAUUUCCCAAUUUUCCCUUGGAUUAAUUCUUUCACUACUAUUAUUGACUUGAUGGUACAAGGUUUAACUGGUCAGAAAACCGGUCUUUCUGAGUCGAAGGAAGCCCAGUUUAGAAAUAUGCUAACCACCUCUUUACUAGCUGUAAGACGGAUUGCCUUGAAGGGUUACAAGCAGAACGUUACUGAAAAUAAUGAAGUGGUAAAUAUCAAGGAAGAGGAUUAUUUGCAGCAGCAUCCAGAGGCUAAGCCAGUAAUUGUCAUUGAUAGGUUCGCUGGAAAAUCAGACAUGAAUGCAUUUGUCUACAAAGAGCUGGCGGACUGGGCGGCUAUGUUGGUCCAAAUGAAUAUUGCUCAUGUUAUAUUCCUGACAGAAACUAUUGCGUCAGAUGAGAUCUUAUCUGAGUCUUACCCAAAUCAAGUGUUCAAGACGCUAAUCCUUUCAGACGCCACGAAACUCAGCGCCAAGAAGUACGUUUUAUCCCAAUUAGAGGACCAUCAUGAGAUCCAGGACAAAUCGAAAGAUGAGAAAACCGUCCCUGAUUUGAAUCCCUCAGUAAUAGAGGAGAUUGAUGAGGCACUGGAUCCACUAGGAGGUAGAAUGCUCGAUCUACAGGCCUUUGUUCGCAGAGUCAAAUCGGGGGAGGAUCCAUUAAAGGCACUGGAAAAAAUGGUCGAGCAGGCUUCUGCGCAAAUCACUCAAAUAUUCUUAAGCGACAAAGUUGAUGGGGUCCAAAGUGCACAGGCAUGGGAAUUGAUUGAAAUGUUGAGCAAAACCCCCGUGAUCUCGUUUAAGGAUAUCGUGUUUAAACCAUUGUUCAAAGCUGCCCCUGAACUUGGUGUAAUCCAACUGGAAAAUAACGGCCUCGUUAGUGUUUCCAGGAACAGGGGUGUUUUGGAAGAAAUCAGGCCUGCCAAACCUCUAUUCAGGGCUGCAUUCAGCUACCUGGUUCAAGACGAUGAGCUGCAUGUGGUUCUAAAGACACGUUACUUGCUUAGAGUAGUGGCUUUUGAAACCGGCCGCAUCAAGAAAUGGGAAGAGGAAUUGAAACCGCUGGGUAAAAUCGCUGAUCAAAAGCUGUUCAAGUCAAGAUUGGAUUACCUAUCUGGUAAAAUCAAGGCCAGUAGCCAGGUAAUCGACAGAUGUGAGAGUGAUAUCAAGGAUCUCUCUACGAAAAAGUAA